UGCUACGUCCGUGUGUUUUUUGCGCACAAGAAAAUUUGCAAACAUUGUUGUACCGACUAGCUAUAGAUAUGUGUGCGUGGACUGAUGAGUACUGGUACUAUGAAAACUCGCAGGACCACUUCACUGCGAAUCAGUUUGACCCAAUGACAUUACACAACUGUGAUGCCAAAUGCACUGCCACCCCCCUCACUCUUCUGCCGCAUGGCUCAAGGGCAAGGCGUGAAGCAUGGCAUUGACAAUGUCUCAUCUGAAAAAGAAAACAUGCCGAUGCAAGAUGGCUCUCAAAAUAAUGCACAUUUUAAAGAAGUUACAUCACAGUGCUUCAGAGGAUUGUGCAGUCAUGAGCCACUGACUUCUUUGGCCACAAUGCAAGUUUCCAGUGCAACGAAGCCAGGGCGAUCUCUUCUCAAGCCAAAAGUGUGUGCAUCUAGAUUCAGCCUCGGGCAGGUGCCACAGCUACCAGGCAGAAGUGUGAGCAACAAUGCAAGGGGAUCGGGAAGCUCCUCCGAUGCUGUCCUUGUCGAGAGCGUGGCCCAAUGGAAGGAGCCCCAGUCCUCCUCCUCAACACUAUAGCAAAGAACGAGCUGUACCAACAUUUCAUCUUUCAUGGAAUAAACAUGUGGACUACAUCACUUCAAAAGCCGGACAUGUUCUUAAUUUCAUUAAAAGGAAUUUUAAAAAAGCCCCUCAAGAUGUCAAACAACUUCUGCACUUUUCUAAUGUUCGGUUAAUUCUAGAGUACGCUGCAGAGGUCUGG